AUGACUCCGGACCCACCGGACCCAGAAGCAAGCAACAGCACGAGCAGAUUCCGGAGGAGAGUGAUCAGCUCCGAGGAUGUCCUCAGUUCACUGCCAGGUGAGCUGGAGCCCAGUGAAGACACUGCAGUACCCUUGGAGGAGUUUGUCGACAACGAUGAUACUGUCCCAUCUUCCUUACAGCGAAGGCGUGCACGUGCGGCAACGGAUGGCCCUCUUCCUCCGAAUUCGCGCCGGCUCAAGGACACCCGGGCGCGGCGUUCUGUGGCCUUCGCGCCUUUCGAGGUCAGUUCCUCGAUGCUUCGGAAAGCUCCGACGGAGGGUAAAAGCCCUCCAGAAUCCAGGAUGAAGGCAUCCGUGGUAACGCUGAGGAUUUACGAUGUCACGGGCGCGGAGGUCAUCUCUGGCCUGAAUCGUCUCUGCCGGGCCAUCGGCACUGGGGCGUUCCACGCGGGCGUGGAGGUGUAUGGUGCAGAGUGGAGCUUUGGCUACACCGACGACGGAGGGAGCGGGGUUUUCAGCUGCGACCCUGGCGAGUGUGGCGAUCACGCUUAUCGGGAGGCGGUGACCAUGGGCGUCACCUGCCUGCGGGAGGAGGACGUUAUGCUCCACCUGAGCGCUUUGGCACAGGAUUGGCAAGGCCAGCCAGGGUUUCUGGAGGCUUGGGCAGGCAGCCGUGUGGAAAGCAGGUGUGCCGAUAUCGGCGCUCACACGAAUUUUUCCAGUAGCUCCAGUGCAACCCGUGCCAAGUGUUGGGACUGGCUUUCCCGAAAAUGGACACGGUGUGACAGUCUCCCGAUUUUAUGGUCCUGUCGCCCGCAGCCGGCCACGCCCCAGAGCGACAAGAACCAAGGUAUGGGUGUAUGGGUGCAAGGUGGUGGGUUAGAGCAGCAGCAGCGGCAGCAACAGCAGCAGCAGCAGCAUCAUCAGCAGCAGAAGACGACGACGUCAGGAAGGUCCUACUAUGCGAGCGUUGCGUUGAGGAUCUGA